CGUCAUCACCGAUAGCUACUUCACCCCUACCAAUUCUAUCGAUAUCCCACUCACCAAGCAACUCGGCUCCCCGAGAAUCUGCUUCACAAAUUACUCAACCGAAGAGGAGACCGAAACUUGAUCAGACACCUCCUGAGUCUGGCGGUAGCGAGCGUUUGGGUCGUUCUAUUGAGCACCUAAACACGGACGAAGAAGGCUCAUAUACAGCCCAAAGGAGGCAAUUCAAUAUGACAUUCUCUCCUACCAAGCAAGGGUAUCAUAGCGACCAGCCUAUUUCCCCCAUUGCCGCAAGGACUCAACUUCCCGAGUCGAGUGAAGAAUACAUUGACUCGCCUAUCCAACCCUCCGACCUCUCGCAACUCGUGUUUCAUCUCAACAAGGUCAAUGAAUGGGUUAAAAAUCACCAGAUUGACGGCCUCUCAAUGGAUGAUCUCCUUCCUUCCACUUCGAGUACCUCUCAAAGCACCCCACGCAAGAACCCUCACUUCCCUGCACUCUCAAGUUCUUCGCACACACCUCAGCGCCACCACCAGCGUUUCUCUUCUAUGGGGGAAACCUCAUCUGCUCGAUCAAACCGGUCAAUGUCUAGUAGCAUGGGCCCACCACCAACUCCUCUAAAGCUGUUUGGAUCUCCAUCAAAGCAGUCGACAUACUCUUCUCCAAGUAAACCAUCUUCCGUCAAGACCUUCCAAGGUUCUACUUCCAUGAGAACCCAGCUUUUACUGCAACAUACUGCUUAUCUUUCCACUGAUGAUGAGGUGUCGUCCACACAGGAUGAGGACGAGGACUCUAAUGUUUUUCUCACAAAUUCGCGGGACCCAUCCCCAAUAAAACUUCGAGAGGACAUCGAUCAAUGGAGGACAGGCUAUCAGAGACCAUCCCUGUUGGGGACGAUAUCUUCAGAACCAACCUGA